AUGGCAGGCAGUGGGUUCCCGUCCCCAGGGAUCUCCCCGGCCACAAGGGGCUGUGGCAGGAGGCCCACGCCUGCCGUGCUGCUUUCCUCCAUCUCGCAGGAGGGCUGCUGCAGCAGGAGUUGGAGACGGGUCGUCCCGGAAGCCGGGGCCAGCAGGCCAUCGCAGAUCCCGUGGCGCCAGCCGAUCCGCGUGAACGGCUGGUCGAAGCCCAUCCACGCCUUGCAAGUGGUGGCCUGGGUCCUGUUCCUGGUGUUGGCUUUCAGCUCCUUCAGCAUCUUCAUCCCCUUCCUGCCGAGGGACUGGAAAUACGUCGCCUAUGGUGUGACUGGUGCGCUUUUCUUUUUCCACUUCAUCGUCCACUUGAUUACAACGUCCCUGGACCCGGCCGAAGCGAGCAUCCGCCUCAAGAACUACUCGGAGCCUCUGCUGAUCUUCGACUCCUCCAAACAUGUGCACGUGAUCGAGAACCAGUAUUGCCAUCUGUGCCGGGUCCCCGUAAGUAAGAAAGCCAAGCACUGCAGCACCUGUAACAAGUGCAUCUCUGGCUUUGACCACCACUGCAAAUGGCUGAAUAACUGCGUGGGGACCAGGAACUACUGGUUCUUCUUCGGCUCUGUGGCCUCCGCCUUGGCCGGCCUGCUCUGCCUGCUCGUCAUCCUGCUGUAUGUCUUCAUCCAGUACUGCACCAACCCUGAGGAGCUCCGCACGGACCCCCACUACAGAGGAAUCUCCGAGAACACGUGGCUGCUGUUCCUGCCCCUUCUCCCCGUGAAGACAAAGACCCCAGUGGUCCUGGGCAUUGGGGUGUUCGUGCUACUGCUGGACAUCUUCUGCCUCCUAAUGCUCGGGCCGCUGCUCGUCUUCCACCUCUACCUGAGGUCCAGGAGGUUGAGCACAUUUGAUUAUACGAUGCAGCGCCGCCUCCAAGAGACUUCAAAAACCUCAGAAGGGGAGAAAGGGUCGUCCACCCAAAUAGAAAUGCCACAGCACGCAGGCGAAGGCCUGAGUUCAUCUGCACAGGGCAAAGACAAGUGGAAGCAGUUCCUGAGGCUUUCUUGGAGCCCGAGUCUAUGCUCCAUCAACACCAUACACCCAGAGAAAUCCUCAUCGCUAGAGCAAACAGUUGUCGACCUGAGUUCAUCUGCACAGGGACUGAAGUCCAAGGAGUUCCUGCCGCCAGCUGUGGACCCAAGUCAGUCCUUCAUCGUUACCGUAUACCCAGUGGAUUCCCUGUCGUUGCUGAAGGUAAGAUCCAAGCUGCCAGGCACGAGCCUCAAAUACAGGGGGAGGGCCAAAUGUCGGCAGAGUAAAGUGGAAGCAGUUCCUGCCACCGCUGCCAUCUAUGUCUUUUUGCUCAAGUCAGAGCUCCACCGGUGCCAGCGCCUCAGAGGGCAUCCCAGAGAGCGCUCCAUCACUAGAGGAGCUGGGGAACCCACGCUGGCCAAGUCGCCCAUCGGGGAGACCCCCUCCUCUGAGAUCCCGCCUGGGGAGUCAGCAAUGGAAAACUUCCUGCUCCCGGACUCACUGCCCUGCAGCAGCCAGGAUGUGCCAUCCCAGAAGCCCCAGGACGGCCUCCCAGGGAGCCAGAAGGCCCGGAGUGAGGAGUCCACCAGCAUCAACAUCGACGAUGAGCCGGAGGAGGGGCAGGCCAUCCAGGGGGUGUGCCACGUCCAGCAGCAGCAGCCUCCAGGACCCACACAGGAGGCGGCUCCGGGCGAGGCUGCGCCGUCCAGCCAGGGCGCCGAGGGCCUGCCUGCUGCUGCGGGAGAGACCAGGGUCGACAUGCACCCCGUCCUCAGUGUGGAGAACGGCGGCCCCUCCGGAGAGGCCUCUGAGCCGAGCGCCGGCUCUCCACCGCAGUCCCAGUGA